CUCCAGGCGGGAGAGAGGUGGCGGCGGGCCGGCUAAGUAGGGAGACCGAGACCAGACUUGAUCGCGAAGGGCGAGCCAGAGCCGGCCGGCGGGGCGGGGCGGGGCAGCAGGGUGCGAAACCGGGUGCCUAGGAGCAGCGCAGCGCAGCGGCCCGAGAGACCCGCCGCCCACCGGAGACCACAGCCGCCCGCUCUCGGCUCUGGGAUGUGGGAGGGAUCCAGGCAUCCAGGACACUGACGGUGCGAGCCCGAGGAUGGGACGGCGCCCGCAGCUUCCGCUUGUGAAGGCCCUUCUCCUCCUGGGGCUGAACCCCGUCUCCACCACCCUACAAGAUCAGCGCUGUGAGAGCCUGUCCCUGGCCAGCAAUGUCUCUGGCCCGCAGUGCAAUGCCUCCGUGGACCUCAUUGGCACCUGCUGGCCCAGGAGCCCUGCAGGGCAGUUGGUGGUUCGGCCCUGCCCUGCCUUUUUCUACGGUGUCCGCUACAACACGACAAACAAUGGCUACCGGGAGUGUCUGGCCAACGGCAGCUGGGCAGCCCGUGUGAACUACUCUGAGUGCCAGGAGAUUCUCAACGAAGAGAAGAAAAGCAAAGUGCACUACCACAUUGCCGUCAUCAUCAACUACCUGGGCCACUGCAUCUCCCUGGUAGCCCUCUUGGUGGCCUUUGUCCUCUUUCUGCGUCUCAGGAGCAUCCGGUGCCUGAGAAACAUCAUCCACUGGAACCUCAUCUCGGCUUUCAUCCUGCGCAAUGCCACGUGGUUUGUGGUCCAGCUCACCAUGAGCCCCGAGGUCCACCAGAGCAAUGUGGGAUGGUGCAGGUUGGUGACAGCUGCCUACAACUAUUUCCACGUCACCAACUUCUUCUGGAUGUUUGGUGAAGGCUGCUACCUGCACACGGCCAUCGUGCUCACGUACUCCACUGACCGUCUGCGCAAGUGGAUGUUCGUCUGCAUUGGCUGGGGCGUACCUUUCCCCAUCAUUGUGGCAUGGGCCAUCGGGAAGCUGUACUAUGACAAUGAAAAGUGCUGGUUUGGCAAACGUCCUGGAGUGUACACUGACUACAUCUACCAGGGCCCCAUGAUCCUGGUCCUGCUGAUCAACUUUAUCUUUCUCUUCAACAUUGUCCGCAUCCUCAUGACCAAACUCCGGGCGUCCACCACGUCUGAGACUAUUCAGUACAGGAAGGCUGUGAAGGCCACUCUGGUGCUGCUGCCCCUCCUGGGCAUCACCUACAUGUUAUUCUUUGUCAACCCUGGGGAGGACGAGGUCUCCAGGGUCGUCUUCAUCUACUUCAACUCUUUCCUGGAGUCCUUCCAGGUUCGCUCUGCUAUCCGGAAGAGGUGGCAUCGGUGGCAGGAUAAGCACUCGAUCAGAGCCCGAGUGGCCCGCGCCAUGUCCAUCCCCACCUCCCCCACCAGAGUCAGCUUCCACAGCAUCAAGCAGUCCACAGCAGUGUGAGCUACAGACCACAGAGCAGCCCCCAGACCUGGGGCUGGGGAAAUGACACAAGCUUGCAGGCGAGCCUACCCGCAGAGGCAGCCAGCCAUCCCAUUUCUACCCCUGGGCUGCAGACCUGAGAGCCCACAGCACAGGGCUGGGCCCACAGCGCCUGGCUUCCUACUGCCUAUUCUUCUUGGAGAGGGGAAAUGGAGAUUGUGGGCUAGAAAUCCAGCUGCAGUUUAAUGGCUUCUCCCAGAGAAGCUCACUGAAGAGCUUAGUCUCCAGUGGUUGUAAAGAGGCCGCUUGCUACCCCGGGGGCAUCAUGGGAAACUCUCUUCAGUGAUUGUGACGCCUCCGAGUCUUUGGAUGCUACUGAGAACCAGUGUCACAUUGUCCAGUCAGGAGACCUGGAGAUAGCAUUAGAAAUCUGGUGACAUCAUCAGACAGCACUCCCCCGGCCAGAAGCCACUCCUGAGCCACCAGAAUGUUAUCAGCGCCAUGGCACUGCCACUGGAAAGUCCUGCCUCGCUGCCUUGCUCCCUUAGCCGUUUACUGUUCUGCCGGCCAACCCAGCUUUCUGUCACUUACACACAGACAGCAACAGUCCUCUCACCCGGAAAUCUUACCACCUCCUGCCUCUGGGUGUCUUCUGAUGUGUGAAGAUGGGGUUGGAAGGGGACUGAGUUGCCUGGGAGGGAGAAUCAGAGUGGACCCAGCUUUUGAGGAAGUAGUGGCACCUGGGUGCCCAGACCACUGGCUUCAUUGGCUGGCCUCUGGGACAUGCUCACAGGCUGUGAAGCAAGAAGGGUCCCUCUGCUCAAGUGCUCUGAAUUGGGGCAGGUGGCUUCGGGGACAACUGACAGACCCAUUACUCCCAGGCAUGGAAUGGGCCAGUCCUCACUGUCGGAGGGCUGAGGAGCCACAGCAGGACCGAAGUGGGGGGGGUUGAUAUAAAUAAUAUUUAUCUUUUCAA